AGACCACUUGUCAGACUUUCACUUUGGAUACGCCCAGCUUUCUUUUUCUUCUGAAAUCAUCAUUUGUCUAUAUUCAACCAUUCGAAAUAAUCAUGCUGGACAUCAAUCUCUUCUUGGAGGAACGAGGAGGCGAGCCUGAACGCAUUCGUGAAUCCCAACGCCGGAGACAUGAGUCUGUCGAACUCGUCGACGAAAUCAUUGCCCUCUAUGAAGAUUGGAAGACAACUCGUUUCAAUCUUGAUCAGUUAAACAAGAAGUCCAACGCUAUCCAGAAAGAGAUCGGUGUGAAGAUGAAGAAAAAGGAGGAUGCUUCUGAUCUCAUCCAGGCCCGUCUCGACAAUAAGAAGGAGCAAGAGACUUUGGAAGUCGAUCUCAAAGCCAAGGAGGCCUUAUGGACUGCCAAGUUGAGCUUAAUUGGAAACUUGGUUCAUGACUCUGUUCCUGUCUCGGAUAACGAGGACAACAACGUUGUUGAGAGGACUUACUUCCACAAUGGCAAGAAUCCUGAACACAACCCCAAGAUCUAUUCCCAUGAUGAGGUUCUCUACCGUCUGGGAGCCUAUGAUCCCGAGCGUGGACAUAAGGUCGCUUCUCAUCGUGGUUACUUCUUAACGGAUGUGGGUGUUGAACUCAAUAUGGCUCUUGUGAACUAUGGGCUCUCAUUCUUGGGCAAGCGAGGUUACAAGAAGCUCCAGACCCCCUACUUUAUGAAGAAGGAGGCCAUGGCCCAGACCGCCCAGCUGUCCCAGUUCGAUGAGGAGUUGUACAAGGUCACUGGAGAUAACGAGGAUAUGUAUUUGAUUGCCACCUCCGAGCAACCCAUUUCUGCUUUCCAUGCCAACGAAUGGUUUGAGCAACCUAAGGAGCAGUUGCCCAUCAAGUAUGCUGGUUAUUCAACCUGCUUCCGUAAAGAGGCUGGCGCUGCUGGCCGUGAUACCUGGGGUAUUUUCCGCGUCCAUCAAUUUGAGAAGGUAGAGCAGUUCUGUUUAACAGAGCCAGAGAAAUCUUGGGAGAUGUUUGACCACAUGAUCCAGAACUCAGAGGAGUUUUACCAGUCUCUCGGUCUCUCAUAUCGUAUUGUGUCCAUUGUUUCGGGAGCACUCAACAAUGCUGCAGCUAAAAAGUAUGAUCUGGAGGCAUGGUUCCCUUUCCAAGGUGCCUAUAAGGAAUUGGUCUCGUGCUCAAACUGCACAGACUAUCAGUCCCGUAACUUGGAGAUUCGGUGCGGAAUCAAGAAGAUGGGCGAUCGUGAGAAGAGAUAUGUCCAUUGUUUGAAUUCGACUUUGACUGCAACUACGCGUACCUUGUCGUGUAUCCUCGAGAAUUAUCAGACUCCUGAGGGUAUUCGCGUCCCCGAGCCACUGAUCCCUUACAUGGACGGACGCGAUUUCUUACCUUUUGUUCGUGAACUUAAAAGCCCAAAGAAAUAAGCGCGAGACCUGUAUCUAGGAAAACGAGAUAAAAUACCCGCCAGCGCGCGGAUAGAAAAAAAGAAAAGAAAAGAAAAAAAAAGAAUAAAAGCAUUCCGAGGAGGGAGCAAGAAUAGGAUAGGGAUAUUUAGAUCUACCAUUUACUGCUUUCACAUUCAUCACACGCCCAACACAAUAAACAAACACGAGAAUUUCAAUAAACGCGAUGAGAGC